UUGCCUUUCCAGCUGGCGAGGUCUCAUGGCAGGAACGCAGCUUCUCCUGACCCUGACAGGGGUCCUAGCCACACUCAACCUCGCCCUGCCCUGUGAGGGCACUGCCCCAGCCUCCCCCAGUACAGUGGACACUUCAGUCCUUCGGGACUGCAUAGCAGAGGCCAAGUUGCUGGUGGAUAAUGCCUAUAAUCAGACCCAGAGGAGCAUCCAGCAGCGUCUUCGCAGUGGCUUGGCCAGCCCCAUGGACCUCCUGUCCUACUUCAAGCAACCAGUAAUGACCACCAGGAAAGUCGUUCGGGCUGCAGAUUAUAUGCACGUGGCCUUGGGGCUGCUGGAAGAGAAGCUACAACGCCAGCAUUCCAGACCCUUCAAUGUCACCGAUGUACUAACAGAACCCCAGCUGUGGCUGCUGUCUCAGGCCAGUGGCUGUGCCCUCCAGGACCAGGCUGAGAAGUGCAGUGACAAGUACCGCACCAUCACUGGGAGAUGCAACAACAAGAAGAUACCCUGGCUGGGGGCCUCCAAUCAGGCCUUUGCCCGCUGGCUGCCCGCCAGGUACGAGGAUGGGCUAUCGCUCCCCUUUGGCUGGACACCUUCCAAGAGGCGCAAUGGCUUCAUCCUCCCUCUUGUCCGGGCUGUGUCCAACCAGAUCGUGCGUUUCCCCUCCGAAAGGCUGACCUCUGAUCGGGGCCGGUCCCUCAUGUUCAUGCAGUGGGGCCAGUUCAUCGACCACGAUCUGGACUUCUCCCCAGAGUCCCCGGCCAGAGUGGCCUUCACUGCAGGUGUUGACUGUGAGAAAACCUGUGCCCAGGUGCCCCCCUGCUUUCCCAUCAAGAUCCCACCCAAUGAUCCCCGCAUCAAAGACCAACGUGACUGCAUCCCCUUCUUCCGCUCGGCACCCUCGUGCCCCCAAAGCAGGAACAAAGUCCGAAACCAGAUCAAUGCGCUCACCUCCUUCGUGGACGCCAGCAUGGUGUACGGCAGCGAGGUCUCUCUGGCCCAGCGGCUCCGCAACAAUACCAACUACCUAGGGCUGCUGGCUGUCAACCAGCGUUUCCGUGACAACGGCCGGGCCCUGCUGCCCUUCGACAACUUGCACGAUGACCCCUGUCUCCUCACCAACCGCUCUGCACGCAUCCCCUGCUUCCUGGCAGGUGACUCCCGAUCUACGGAAACUCCCAAACUGGCAGCGAUGCACACCCUCUUUAUGCGAGAACACAACCGGCUGGCCACUGAGCUGAGACGCCUGAACCCCCGGUGGACUGGGGACAAGCUGUACAAUGAGGCUCGGAAGAUUGUGGGGGCCAUGGUUCAGAUUAUCACCUACCGGGACUUUCUGCCUCUAGUUCUGGGCAAGGCCCGGGCCAGGAGAACCCUGGGGACCUACAAGGGGUACUGUUCCAAUGUGGACCCGCGUGUGGCCAAUGUCUUCACUCUGGCCUUCCGCUUUGGCCACACCAUGCUCCAGCCUUUCAUGUACCGCUUGAAUAGCCAAUACCGGGCCUCGGCACCCAACUCACUUGUCCCACUUAGCUCUGCCUUCUUUGCCAGCUGGCGAAUUGUGUAUGAAGGUGGCAUUGACCCCAUCCUCAGAGGCCUCAUGGCCACGCCUGCCAAGCUGAACCGUCAAGACUCCAUGUUAGUGGAUGAGCUCCGGGAACGGCUGUUUCGGCAAGUGAGGAGGAUCGGGCUGGACCUGGCGGCUCUCAACAUGCAACGCAGCCGGGAUCAUGGCCUUCCAGGGUACAAUGCUUGGAGGCGCUUCUGUGGGCUUUCCCAGCCCCGGAAUUUGGCACAGCUUAGCCGGGUGCUGAAAAACCGGGAUCUGGCAAGGAAGUUCCUACAUCUGUACGGAACGCCUGACAAUAUUGAUAUCUGGAUUGGGGCCAUCGCGGAACCUCUUCUGCGAGGGGCCCGAGUGGGGCCUCUUCUGGCUUGUCUUUUUGAGAACCAGUUCAGAAGAGCCCGAGAUGGAGACAGGUUCUGGUGGCAGAAAUGGGGUGUUUUCACCAAAAGACAGCGUAAGGCCCUGAGGAAGAUUUCCUUGUCUCGAAUUGUGUGUGACAAUACCGGUAUCACCACCGUUUCAAAGAACAUCUUCAGGGCCAGGAAGUAUCCCCGGGGCUUUGUGAGCUGCAGCUCUAUCCCCAGGUUGAACCUGUCAGCCUGGAGAGGCACAUAAACCUUCUGCAGGAGUCUAUCCCAACCUCUAAGCCUUGGAGACAAAGGGAAGUGGAAAACCAUGAGGCUGCCUUCUCCCCCUGGAGCAGCUGUAUCCUGCUGGUGCUUUGCUGGCUCCACCUCUGAGUUGGGUUCAUUGGCUGGGGGUGACAGCUGGUGCUCCUAGUAGCAACGGACUCACUUGCCUUCGGAACUUCUAAGG